AAUGAGACUCGCGGUCGCAGUGUGGAAAAGUUGUGCGCGCGUGUCGGACACACCGCCCGGUGUCUAUAGCAAAUGCUCAGAUAAAAUAAAAUAGAUAAAAUAAAAACUCAGAAAAAUGGAUUACCGCUUUCGCUUUUUGUUCUCUUAUUUAUUUAUCAACAGGAUAUUUAUUCUGAUCCAAGCCAAGGAACACAUUCUGCUGGAUAUGAAGGCAUCUGGAGGAGAUCUGGGCUGGCUGGCUACACCUAAUGAAGAUGGGUGGGAAGUAGUUCAGACAGUGGUGAAUGGCUCACUCCUUUACACUUAUAGUGUGUGUAAUGUGGACACAGAUACUGACCAAGACAAUUGGCUUCGUACCACCUUUAUACAGCGUCCUCUUGAAGCCUCACGUGUUUCUGUUGAGUUGCGCUUUGUUGUCCGUGACUGCAACACCUUUGAUGGCAUGUCCCCCUCUUGCCGUGAGACCUUCGGCCUUCACCUGUCUGAAACAGACAUGGACGUGGGCACCAGUUUCCGUAAAGGUCAGUUCCGCAAGAUUGCCACAGUAGCCCCUGAUGAAGUGAUAGCAAACAAAGGAGGUGGACCAGCAUCAGUGAGCGUGAACGUGGAGACACGUAGCAUUGGACCACUAUCGAAGCGAGGCUUCUACCUGGCUUUUCAAGAUGUGGGUGCCUGUGUGGCUCUUUUGGGUGUCAAGGUAUUCUACACCACCUGUUCGGCUAUCCAUCGCAACCUGGCUACUUUCCCUGAGCGUGUGACCUCAACUGCUCUAACUGAGGUGGAGGGAUCAUGUGUGAAGAACGCAGUGACCGUUGGCCAGGCACCUCCUCGCAUGUACUGCACCGCUGAAGGAGAGUGGGUCGUUCCUGUUGGGCAGUGCUACUGCAGAGCCGGAUAUCAAGCUGUGGGACAGACCUGCCAGGCAUGUGAUGGAGGCUAUUACAAGAGUUCAGAUUCCAGCCAACCAUGUGAAGUUUGUCCAGCAAACACACAGCAAUCCGGCCCUGGUGCUCUCGAGUGCCCCUGCUUAGAAGGAUUUUACCGAGCAGCCUCAGACCCCAGCUCUUCUCCAUGUUCUGGUCCACCAUCUCCACCAGAAGACCUCAAGUUCACUUCCCGCCUAACAGCAGGAAGCAUAGAGCUGACUUGGAGACCUCCUUCUAAUACAGGUGGCAGAACAGAUAUUGUCUACAAUGUGGUGUGUGAGCGGUGUAAUGGCGCCAUGUGCGCACCAUGUGGAGGAAGGGUUCACUUCGAGCCUACGCCUAUAUCUCUACGUGAGACAGCGGUCACAGUCAGUGAGCUGGAGCCUCACAUCAACUACACGUUCAAAGUGGAAGCCUUAAAUGGGGUGUCACAUUUGAGCCAUCAAAAAUCAACUACGAACAUCACAACUCUCUUACAUUUCACUGACCCUCCUAAGGUAACAUUCCUCCGAGUUGUGGAUUGUACCCCUAGUAGUCUUUCUCUGUCAUGGGCUGUGGACCAACAUGCAACUUCCCAUCAUUCUCCACACUAUGAGCUUAUGUAUCGCAUCAAGGAUAAUAAAGGAGAGCAGGAUGUCACCACAUACAACGUUCUGAGGUUGGACAAGAACUUUGUCCAGAUUAGCGACCUCUUACCUGGCACUAAGUAUGUGUUCCGUGUUCAGACUUUAACCCCAGAAGGCCAUCCGAGCAGCCAGAGUGCAGAACAUGAAUUUGAGACGCUGCCCAUGGCUGAGUCGCACGCACAGGGCAGUUCCAUGAUUGUCAUGGGAGCCGUUGCUGGAGGCGGAGCCAUGUUGCUUAUCGUGGUGGUCAUUUUACUCCUACAUAAAAGGAGGCUAAAUUCACGCAUCCGCCAGAGAUCAGGGGCCAACUAUUUCGCCUGUCCAGAAAAACAUCAACCUCUGAAGACAUAUGUGGACCCACACACCUACGAGGACCCCUGCGUAGCCAUCCUUAAGUUUGCCACUGAAAUAAACCCCAAUCACAUUACUAAGCAAAAAGUAAUUGGAGCAGGCGAAUUCGGCGAAGUGUUCCGUGGUGCCCUAAAGCUGCCGGGCCGUAAAGAGGUGGCCGUGGCAAUAAAGACACUGAAACCUGGCUACACCGAAAAGCAGAGGCAGGACUUCUUGAGCGAGGCCAGCAUCAUGGGCCAAUUCUCCCAUCAGAACAUCAUACGUCUGGAGGGGGUUGUCACCAAAUUCAAACAUGCUAUGAUUGUCACAGAGUACAUGGAAAACGGAGCUCUGGAUCAGUAUCUGCGGGACCAUGAUGAGGAGUUGUCCUCAUACCAGUUAGUGGGCAUGCUAAGUGGCAUUGCAGCAGGGAUGAAGUAUCUAUCAGAUAUGAACUACGUGCACAGAGAUCUUGCUGCACGCAACAUCCUGGUAAAUGGCAACCUGGAGUGCAAAGUGUCAGACUUUGGCCUGUCUCGUGUGUUGGAAGACUACCCUGAAGGCACCUAUACCACAAGUGGAGGAAAGAUCCCCAUUCGUUGGACAGCACCCGAGGCUAUAGCAUACAGGAAGUUCACCUCUGCCAGUGAUGUUUGGAGUUUUGGUAUUGUCAUGUGGGAGGUGAUGGCUUUUGGAGAGAGACCCUACUGGGACAUGAGCAACCAUGAGGUUAUGAAAGCUAUACACGAAGGGUUCAGGCUGCCGGCACCGAUGGACUGUCCAUCUGCUAUUUACCAGUUAAUGCUACAGUGCUGGAUGCAGGACCGCUCCAAACGCCCACGCUUCCUCGAUAUUGUCAACGUGUUGGACAAACUUCUGCGCAGCCCAGAGUCCCUUACGGCAAUCGCCAACAUAGACUUACGAGUGUCUAUUCGCCUGCCUAGCACUAGUGGAAAUGAUGGAAGCCCUUUUAGAUCUGUGGAUGAAUGGUUAGAGUCUAUGAGGAUGAGCCAAUAUAAAGAAGCCUUUGCCCAUGCUGGAAUUACCACCAUGGAGCAUGUGUUGCACUUAAAGAUAGAGGAUAUCAAGAAGAUCGGGGUGCGGUUGCCAGGUCAUCAGAAAAGAAUGGCCUACAGCAUUCUGGGCCUUCAGGAUCCCACUGCAGGUCCCGUGGACGUCUUUGCAGUGUGACACCAAGAUUUAUCACCAUAGCUGAAUUCUUCAAAACUCUUAAUGAGCACAGCCAAACUGGCCUCAGGUCAAAUUGCACUGGGCAGGUUGACAAAUACUCCUCAGAAUGCUCCUCUCUACUGAAAUGGACUCCCAUUGUGAUGGAAUGGACCAAUUAGCAAUUGAAUGCUGACUAAAAAUUGACUGAUAUUUUUACUAUCAUUAUUUUCACUGUUCACUGCAUUUUGUAACUAUAUAUAAUUGUGUGCUCAAACCUCUUAGUGUGCCCUUUUUUCAAAUGCUGGCCAAAUUUUAAGUUUUGCUUAGUGUUGAAUUGCACAUCGAGAGUGUGGCACUAUAGUGUGUCACUUUAUCAAGAGCUGUUGAUAAACUAAGAGAGCUAUGAGUUCUCAUUGACCAUGUUAGAGAUUGUGAUUUGUUUUAGCUUCUUGCUAGUAAAAGUGUUAGGAUAUAGACAGAAAAUGUUUAAACCAUUGAAUAUGUCUGAAAAAGAAACCACAGGACAUAUUCCAUACCAUAUCAAGAGACAAUAUGUUUACAUAUAUUAUUUCUGCUCUUCUUUUGAUUAUUUAUUAUUUAUUGUCUGUUUUUUUUUAUUUAUUGUCUGUUUACAAAGCUGUUAUCUGGUGUGUAAAAAUGUUGCUUAAAUAUUGUUUAAUUAGUAAAUGGUUAUAUUUAAUCCA